CAGAUAGGCAGGGCCCUGCUCUCUCUCUCUCUCUCGCUACUCUGACUCUUCCUCCUUCGCUCUGCACCCAUCCCUGCACUUGCUCAUCAUCCUUCUCCCUCGAUUCACCUCAACACCAGCAUGUCGUCCGCGAUGGCCUCGUGCAGUGCACAGACAACACCGUCCUCUUCCACCGCCACGUCUCGGCGUGCCUCCUCCGAGCUGCACCUCGCCAAAGACGGCGCCGUCAUCGAUGAGAAAGUCACGCCCUCCUACACGCUCCAUCCGCCCUCUCUUCUCUCACCCGCCACCUGGUCCCUCACGCAACGCCUCUUGCAAUCGCUCCUCAUCUGUCUCGCCGCCGUGCCCGCCUCGUUCGGCUCCUCUCUCUUCUCCGGCGGCCUCGCCUUGCAUUCCCUCUCUUCCUCCUUCCACGUCUCGCCCCAAGUCGGCAUUCUCGCCACGAGUCUCUUCAUCUUGGGUCUCGCCAUCGGUCCCGUGCUUGGCUCUGCCCUGUCCGAGACGCAAGGCCGCAAGAAGCUGCUCGUGCUGCCGCCGCUGGCCAGUGUCUUCUUUGGCCUUAUGGCCACCACGACGCUGCAUUUCCCCGUCUUUCUCGCAGCUCGCUUCCUGCAAGGUCUGCUGGGAGCCACGCCCGUCUCUGUAGGCGGCGCCUCGCUCGUCGACAUUUGGGGCGGCGCCUACGCCACCACGUGGCCCUUGGCAUGCAUGCUCCUCUUUUCCUUUUCCGGCGCCAUCGUCUCGCCCACGUUCGUCUCGCUUCUCCUCCCUCUCUCCGACUGGCGCAGCGCAGGCUGGGCAUGCGUGCUCUUCGGCGCCGGCGUGGCGCUGCUGCUGGCAUGCGCACUGCGCGAGACGCACGAAGGCACACUGCUGCAGCGCCAGGCAUGCGCCUUGCGCAUCGAAACGGGCGAGUGGGCUUGGCAUGCGCCGGCCGAUCUGGUGCACACCGACGUCAAGCGUCUCGUACACGUCUAUCUGGCCAGGCCGCUCGUCAUGCUCGCGCGCGAAUUGAUGUUGGCGCUCCUCUCGAUCUACGUCGCCUUCGUCUUCUCGCUCCUCUACCUCCUUUUCGGCGCCUAUCCUCGGGUCUUCGCCUCUUUGCACUGGACACCUCUCGCAUCCAGCCUCGCGCUGCUCCCCGUGCUCCUCGGCCUGCUCCUCGGCGUGCUCUUGCAUCUGCUGUUCGUGCCGCGGCUGCAUCGUCGGCGCUGCGCCGGCGCUUGCGUGCCCGAAGAUCGUCUGCUGCCCCUCGGGCUCGGCGCGGUGCUGUUCGCCGCCGGACUGCUGUUGUUCAGUCUCAGCAUCCCCUCCUCCUCCUCCUCGACUGCCCCGAUGCCGGCUAGCCUGGCGGCCGCGAGCCCACUGCUGGCCUCUGGGCUGCUGACAGGCGCUGGAUUUCUCCUGGUCCUGCUCUCCUCUCUCUGCUGGAGCGUCGAUGUGUACGCUGCCCAUUCCGCCUCGGCACUCGCUGCCAACGCCGCACUGCGCGGAGUGCUGGGCGCCGUCAUGCCUCUGCUCGCCAAGCCAAUGUUUGAAGCCCUCACUGUGCGCACCAGCAUGCUGCUCCUGACGGGCAUCGCAGGCGCGCUUUGCACACUGCCGCCGCUCUUCUUCCUCUACGGAGCUCGGCUGCGGCAACGGAGCAGCUUUGCUGUGCAGCCUUGAGCACCGUCCCUCCAUUGCCCCCAUUUUGCCUCUCUGUGCGCCAGCUUCACCUCGCAUCGACCCAUCUCAUACCCCUCUCAUCCAUGCCGCCCUCCUUCGCAUCAUAGACGCACUUAGAUAUCGCCCACGCACCAUCGUGCGCAAGCCAGCCCCCCAAAAGCGACACGUCGCACAGCGAAAUGACACAGCACUCACCC